GUUAUGCUUCAAUCAAUGAUUUACCAAUUGAAGAAGGAGAACGUAAAUUUUUUUGGCCACUUGGACGACGACCUGAUGAACAUGCUGGAUUAACAGAUUUAAAUCUAUAA